AUGAACUUCAAUAAAAAUAUAAAAGCGAAAUCCAGCACUAGCUUAGAUCUACAAAGGCAAUCAUUCUUCAUAUUUAUGUGUGCUUCUUAUGUUUGCUUUGAUAGUAAGUAUGCUAUUUAUCAUCAACUUAUUUGCUUUCUCUUAUCAUUUUUAUUAGAAAUUAAAACAAUAUGAUCUUUACAAUACUUUAACUGUAUUGAAAAUACAAUCCAAGCCUGCAAAAUGGGAUCAAUAUCUUUGACGCUUCUGAUAUUUAUUUUUGGAGAAUUAUUAGACAAUUCUCUCUUGAUUUUGGUUUUCACUCUAAUUUUUCAACCAAUCCUACUUUUUUAUCUAAUAUUUUAUACUUUAAAAAGUUAUAAAAAUACUAAAGAUUAUGAUAAUAGUUCAAGAAAUCAAUUUGAUUUUGAAAGAAAAUAUCGCCUAUUGCUAAUUAAUCCAAAUCCAGACAAUAAAUAUCAAAUUUUGAAAUUAUUUGACAAACAGUGAAAAAUGAUCCAUUUUAAGAAAAACAAACUAUUUGUGAUAUGGGAGUUUAAUUUUUGUAUUUAUAUAUUAAAUGAUGAAAGACUAGCCAGAGUGAAGCUCACUAAGUUAGCUUUGUGUGAAAAUAGCUUUGAAGGAAAUUUCCAAGAGUGAAAAGUGCUUAAUUGGCUGAAAAAUAGUGAGGGUAGGGAGUUUCCUGAGAUAAAGUAUUUAGAGUUCUUACAAAAGUUUGGGAAAUUAAAAGAACGUGAUGAAGAACUAUGCUAUUUAAUUAUAAAAUUGCAAACUGAGUUUGCAUCUAGAGCACCAAGGAUUCGCUGAUUGGAAAAAUUGUCAACGAAAACAGCAAAAAUAAUGCAAAAAGUUAAUGAGGGAUAUAGCCCGAGCCUCCUGCUGGCUCGAGCUGUCUCGAAGUCUAUCGAUAAGUAGGGGAGUUAGUUUGGCCAGUUCCUAGAUGGAAGCUCUGCUUGCCACAGGAGAUUUGCCAUCUGGGAGUUGGUUUACUCGCAGGUGUUGAUAAAGCCAACUCCCUGAUGACGCCAGGAGACAAAGGAUAGUCCAAGCCAAAAGGAGGCUCGGGCUAUAUAAAAUAGACACAGAAAAAUAUAAAAACACUGACUCCCUACUUUGAUUAGCAGGCAAAUUGUUUGCUUUCUAAUAGAAAGCGAUUGAUUUUUUUUUUCUUCAAAAAUUAUAUUAAUAUAUCCAUAACUUGAAAAUUUGUAAAUAUUUGAAAUAUUAAAAAUUUAUGUUUUAUAAGGAUGCAAACUCUUUAAAAUUUAAUAUAAUUAACUGAAGAUCUCAUUAUUAAAUUAUUAAUAUGUAUCAUUCUAUUAUUUGCUAAUAAAAUUAUAUUAAAAAUAAUAACUAGGAUUCAAAUUCACAAAAUGCAGAUAUUUAUAAUAGGUUUUUCUCAUUAAAAAGAAAGGGACUGAGACUGUUAGCCUAUACGCAAGUUUUUUAAAAAAUAUACUAAAGAAUUAUAAUGAUUCAAUUUUAUUAGAAAAAAAGAGAAGUCAGAUUGAUUAUACGCUUCGAAAAGACUACUAUUUGGAGAAAUAUGGAAGUCAAAUCGGAAUAUUACUUAUAUCAUGCGAACAGAAUUCUUUUGGAAAUAUUAUUUAUCUUAAUGAUAUGGCUUCAGAGAUAUUGAAAUUGUCUAUGAAUGAAAUUUGUGGAAACUCAAUAUUUAGUUUUAUCCCUAGUUCUUACAGAAUCAGCCAUGAAAAACUUAUGAAAAAGUUUGUUAACGAUUCAAAAAGCGUACAAAUUCCAUGUCAUAACUAUUUAUUUUUCGAAAGUCAAUAUGGCUUUCUUAUAGAAUGCGAUGCGCUGAUAAAAUUAACUGCAUUUUAUAAUAAUUGCUUUUAUUUAAUAUAUAGGAGUUUUCCCUAUAUGGCCCGAUAAGGGCCAUGGGUUCUCCGUGGAAUCCCUCUGUUGGUCAAACCAGCAGAGGGAUUCAACGGAGAACCCACAGCUCUUAUCGGGCCAUAUAGGGAAAACUCCUAUAGUCUAUUACACAAAUUUCUGAUUUUGCAAGAAAUGUAGAAGAAUUCUCCACAUGUCAAAAAACAUCAACAUGUGAAGCCUGCAUUUAUGUAAGAUUUCACAUGCAGAUUUUUUUUUUCAUAUGGAGAAUUUCCUCUGCAUGCCUUGCGCAAUCAGAAAUUUGUGCAACAUAUGAUAUCAUUCAAUCAAAAGCAAGCACCCAGGCAAUUUGCAUUAAUUUCGGAAGAAGGGAUAAUAAUAGGCCAUUCAGAACUUUUUUCAAAUUGUUUAGGAUGUAAUUUCCAAUGUAUUAAAAACAAAAAUAUUUCUGAAAUUUUCCCUUUUAUUGGCAUGAAUAAAUUAACAGAAAAUCUGCCAUGAGUAGAAACAAUAAAAGGUAAAGAUAUUGGUUUAAUAUAUAUUAAGAAAAUUAUAAGGGAGGAAAUACUUAAUGUUUUAAAAUGCAAUUUAUUUAAAAUUGAACAGAAUUAGCUAGAUAUUUCAUUAUAAUAAUUAUCAUUUAUAUCAAAAUAUUUUUUGCUUGCUCAUGGAGAGAGGAUUUUGGCAAAAAAUAAGGAUUUUUCUAACUUUUUUGUUCGCUCAAGUAGGGGGAGUUAAUGUUUUUAUAUGUGAUUGAUAAUGAAUCAGAAAUUAAAAAAAUCGAAAAUUUUAAUGAUUCAUGCAAUGUGAAAAUUUCCUUCACAUUUGAACAAAAUGAGGAUUGCCCUCAGAUUAAUGAAAUUCCUCACGAAAAUAAAUCAGAAGCUAAAAAGCUGCAAAUAUUAUUCGAAAACGUUGAAGAAACUUCACAUAUCGAAUGCGAUACUGAUUUUACACAACAGAAUCAGAUAUUUUCAGAUAAUAAAAUCUGCAAUCCUUCAUCUCUUACACGAAGUAGUAUUUAUUUACUCUCCUUUGCAUUCUUGAUCAUAUAUUUUAUAAUUAGUUUUAAAAAAAAAAGAAAAAAAUGUUUUUUUUUUUAAAUCUUGAGGAAGCUAGAACAGUUAAAAAAUUUGAUUUUUAAAUCAAAGCAAAAAAUAGCCACGCUUAAGUGUGUCCUAUUUAUUGUGGUAAAAAAUAUUUAG